ACACUUGGCUCACACAUUCUUUGAAAAGCCAACUUGAGAAGACUUUGCUAUUUCUUUGGUCCUUCCCUCUCUCUCUUCCUCCUAUUAUAUGAAAGUCUCUUUCUUUUCUGCCCAAUCCACAAAAAUUUUGGUCCUUUUUCUCUUCCUCUGCUUCCCUCUUCACUCAAACAAAUGAAUGAAUCCAACAACAGCAGGAAAAGGCAGAGGAAAAAUAUGAAAGAAAGCGAUGAUGGGGACACCAAUUCAUUUGAAGAAGACAGCAAUAAUACCUUUAGCAACCAGAAGAAGAAACAGUUGAAGGGUAUAAUCACAUCAUUGAUGUUGCUGGACGAGCAAGAAAAGUGCGAUGAAGAAGACCAAAACCGAGCCUCAUGUGAAGAGAAGCAAUUACUCGAAGCAAAUUAUAAGAAAAAGAGUAGAACAAUGGUGGAAUAUUAUUCCAAUGUUCAAGAUUAUUAUACAGAAAUUGAAGAAACGGACCGAAUGAAGCGCAAGAAAUCACGGGCAAUAGCUGGUGCUGCUGCUAUUUCGGCCGCCGCUAAUGGGCUUGCUAAUAAGGGAACUGGCGAUGCAAAGCAAGCGAGUGGAGGUCAACAAAGACGAUUAUGGGUAAAAAACAGGGAUAAAGAAUGGUGGGAUGAAUGCAAUCGGCCAGAUUAUCCUGAUGAGGAAUUCAAGCAAGCUUUUAGAAUGAGCAAGGCAACUUUUGAUAUGAUAUGCGAUGAGUUACAUUCAUUUAUUGCCAAAGAGGACACAACUUUGAGAAACGCCAUUCCUGUAAAGCAAAGAGUUGCUGUCUGUAUAUGGAGAUUAGCCACUGGUGAACCACUUAGACUUGUGUCUAAAAGGUUUGGUUUAGGUAUUUCUACUUGCCAUAAAUUAGUUCUUGAAGUUUGUUCAGCUAUUAGAAAUGUUUUAAUGCCAAAGUAUUUGCAAUGGCCUGAUGAUGAUAGCUUGAAGAAGAUAAAAAAUGACUUCGAAUCAAUUUCUGGGAUACCUAAUGUUGUUGGAUCUAUGUAUACUACUCAUAUUCCUAUUAUAGCUCCAAAGAUUAGUGUAGCAGCUUAUUUUAACAAGAGGCAUACUGAGAGGAAUCAAAAAACAUCAUACUCCAUAACUGUUCAAGGUGUUGUUGAUCCACAAGGGAUCUUUACUGAUGUAUGUAUUGGUUGGCCUGGCUCUAUGCCUGAUGAUCAAGUGUUAGAGAAGUCUGCUUUGUAUCAAAGGGCUAAUGGAGGUCUUCUGAAGGAUGUUUGGAUUGUUGGGUCUUCAGGGUACCCUUUAAUGGAUUGGGUUUUGGUCCCUUACACACAGCAGCAUUUGACAUGGACUCAGCAUGCUUUUAAUGAGAAGAUUGGGGAGAUUCAAAAGGUUGCUAAGAAUGCAUUUACGAAAUUGAAAGGGAGGUGGAGUUGUUUGCAGAAAAGAACAGAAGUGAAACUGCAAGACUUGCCGGUGGUUCUUGGGGCGUGCUGUGUGUUGCAUAAUAUCUGUGAAAUGCGUAAUGACGAACUGGAUCCGAAGCUGAUGGUUGAGCUUGUUGAUGAUGAGAUGUUGCCUGAGGUUGCCUUGAGAUCAAUAAACUCAAUGAAAGCUAGGGAUGCUAUUGCUCAUAAUCUUUUGCAUCACUGUCAUGCUGGCACUGGUUUUCUAUAAUUCAGCAAGUUUCACUCAUUUUCCCUUGAUAUUGGAAUUCUUUUGCCUGUUGUUUGCUAUACUAUUUAUUGUAGAAUAACACCCUUGUCAUUUAUCAUACUUUGUUGAAAGGGCUGUGUAAACAAUGCGUGCCCCUGAAACAAAUAGCUGAUAGUAGACUUCAUAGGUUUGAAACAUACAUACAGAUCACGGUAACAUCAAGAAUCCUUACUCAGAUUCAAAAUAAAAGAUGGAUGAAGUUGAUAUUGUAUUAUUCUUUUAACAUGACCUUAUUGUUAGUGCAGAUGUCAAAUCUCAUGAAAGUUUGUUCUCACUUUUUCUGUUUUCUUGUAAUCUCUGUCUUAGUUAUUAGUAAAGAUUUGUGGAAGUGUAAUUGGUUUGGUGAUAUUAGACUAGCCUCCAUGGAAGUUACAAUGUGCAAUUGUAUCUUGUUAUAGUUAAUUUCUAAGCAAUUAUAUUCUUCAUUCUACC